AUGCAUAUCCAAAUAAACCUUACACUCCUCCUGGCAGCCGUCUCGGCGCUGGCCCAGAGCGUCUGCCCAACAGUGACGCGCACCGAGCUGGCCAGCACAUGCACCACGCGCCGCUGCAACGCCGACUGCUCGCUGAUCACUACCGUGCAGAAUCCCUGCGGCUGCCCGCCAUCGGUGCCGACCGCCACGCUCGUCGCGCCCUGCCAGGCAGACUGCCCCUACAACGGCUGCGCAGUUGAGUUCCGCACUCUGAACCAACCCUGCCAGCCCACAAGCAGCACGACGUCGACGAGGCGGGCAACUAUCACCACCACCACGCGGCGCUGGCGGCCCACGACCGCUUCGCGAUCAACCUCGACCUCGUCUUCGAGGCCCAUCGUCACCGCCAGCGUCACGCAGCUGCCGACUCGACCGCCCGUUAUGACGCCCUGCCCGACCGUCACGAUCAGGACUCAGCCGGCCGACUGUCCCAUCGUCCGCUGUCCCGUGCCCAACUGCGUCACCCAGACGCAGCUGCGGUUGCCGUGUGGGUGCUCGCAGCCGCGUACGCUUUUGUCUGUGGAUGGUUGCCAGUCCGAAUGUCCUGGGGGCUGUAUGACGCGCACACAGACGGUGAGCGAAGCUUGUGAAGCGCCUUGA